AUAUGUUUCAAUCUUUUUGGUACAAUUGACCACACAAAAUGGUAAUUGGGGCUAAAUAUAUAAGUUCACAAAUGAGAAAACCAACGAAGGGAAUCUGGGGAUUCAUUGCAAGAAGAAGAAUAUUAAAGCACAACCUCCAUCUUGAAGAAUCGACUUACCGAGCUUUGGCUGCGACUCCGGACCAGAAUAUUUUGGAACUGGGAUUUGGUCUCGGUUAUGGAUUAAAUAUCGCGCUGAAAAAUAUUGCAACAAAAGGAAAAGGCACAGUAUUCGGCGUAGAUUAUUCGAGUGAUAUCUGUAAUGAUGCCAAAAAAUCUUUCAAAAAUUACAUUUCGAAAGGAAAGCUAAUAAUUUUAAACGAAGAUGUUGCGCAGAUGUCUCUACAUAACAAUAGUAUUGAUGGUGUGUUUCACACAAAUUGCUUUUAUUUUUGGCCUGAUAUUAUUGCGUCAUUAAACGAAAUUCAACGCGUGAUGAAACCUGGAGGUGUUAUGGUAGCAGGAAUGAACUUGGGAAGUCUUAACAAACGAGUGAAAGAUGGACUUUUACAGAAAUGGCAAAUCGAUCCGGAAAGAUAUUGCAGUGCUUUGGAGAUGUCUGGGUUCGAAGAUAUAACUCAGGAAGACAUUUAUAAUGAAAUUUUACAAAAAUACUUGCGUAUUAUCAAAUCAAGUAAACCAAAAUAAAUUAUGUAAUUCGAGCGUAAUGAAUAUAUUAAUCAAAAGAUAUAUUGUUGACACGAAAGCCAGAGUAUAUCAUAUAAAAGUAUUCUUAUAUCAUAGAAAGUUUCACCAACAAUUAGAAGAAAAUAACAUGU